AUGUUUAUUAAUUUCAAAAGUUUUCAUCCAUAUGAUAAUGUUUAAUUAUUUAUAGAUGACACACCUAUAGAAUAUGAAGAAACAAAUAUUGAAUAUUCUAAUUAUACCUGUGGAUCCAUAUUUUUAUCAACUAUUUCUAUAAUUCAUUAGCAUAAUAGAAGAUCAGGUUGGAUAAAAAUAUUGUAACCUAUAGGAGGAAUAAUUAGCUUGUAAUUGAGUAUCAUGAAUUGUUAGGAAGAAUGUAUUGUAUGUAUUUGCAAUUAUCCAAUAAGCUGUGUUAAAUGGAAUUUGCAUUAGCUAUCAUUUAAUUAGAAAUUAUUAACCUUAUCUGAUGGAUGGACUCUUACUCCUAAUUAUUUAGACAUUGCAACUUCAUUUUGUGGAGGUUGCGAAUAUCUAAAAUUUUAGGAAAUUUCUUAUUCAACCGAACUACCUCCUCAUUAGCAUAUAUUAAUAAGGUUUUAUAAAGGAUCUUCAAGUUCAAUAUAAUUGGACUAUAUGUAUGAUCCGUUGAUCUUUUUAGAGGAUGUAUAUUUUGUUGAAAUUGUAAUAAAAAAUUACUUUAAUUCUAUUUUGAAUUUGAAUAUAAAGACAGUACUUUCUACAGAUUAAAGUUGGAUAAGAGACUUUGAAAUAUAUUACACUUUGCCAGAAAUAUCAUUUCUUAGCUUGAAUGAAGGUUGUUAAGACUAAAUUGGUGAUAGAUGUUUAAAUUGUAGAGAUGGUUGGAUUGAAGAUGAAUAUUAAUCGUACUGCAUACCAAUUUGUGGGGAUACAAUCAUUCAAGGGUAUGAAGAAUGUGAUGAUGGCAAUUUAAUAUCCAAUGAUGGUUGUUUUCAAUGCAAAUAUUAAUGCAAUGAUUCUUGCAAAACUUGCAUUUUUGGAAUUUGUAAACUAUGUCUUAAUGGUUUUGUUCUUAAUGAAAAUAAUAAUUGUGAACCAUAAUGUGGGGAUGGCAUUGUGAUUCCUUACUCAACUGAACAAUGUGAUGUUAAAAGUGAAAACGAUUUAAACGGUUGUAAAGAUUGUAGAUAUAUGUCAAUUCCUUAUUGUUAAUAAAGUUAUUUUUCAACCUGUUUAGAGUGCUAUUAAGGAUUUUCUAUUUUAGAUAAUGUAUGUUACCCAUAUUGUGGAGAUAAAAGGGCUCUUGAAUAAAUUGAGUAAUUAAAUGAUAGUAAUUUAACAAUUUAUGUUAAUUGUAUUUUUUGUGAACAAAGAUUUUGUGGAUUAAAAUGUAAAGAUGGAUAUGAGUAUAUUAAUUAAAGUUGUAAUCCCAUUUGUGGAGAUCAAAUUGUCACUAUUGAAGAGGAAUGUGAUGAUGGCAAUACUAUCAUGUUCGAUGGUUGUUUUGAUUGUAAUUAUUCUUGUCCAGAAAAUUGUCAUGAUUGUUAUUAAGGUAUUUGUUUUGAGUGUAAAAGUCAAUAUAUAAUUUAAGAAUCAAAUCAAUGUAAAUUAUAAGUAAUUUGUGGAGAUGGAUUAGUUUAAUAAUAAGAGGAAUGUGAUGAUGGAAACAAUUAAGCAUCUGAUGGUUGCAUGAAUUGUUUAAUUGAAUAAAAUUGGGUAUGCAACUCAAUAAUAUCAGAUUCUCCAAGCUAAUGUAUGUAUAUAAAAGCUCCCCAUUUAGUCAUUAAUUAUCUCAAUAUGA